AUGAAAUUCAGACACCCUCUGGCACAGGCGCCUUCUUUGCCUCGAGAAAUCCGAACGCUGGAUUCCUUGCGCGGAGAGAGGAGAAGGCGUAUUACAGCGAGUGUUCCUCUCCUCCGGCAUCGAGGAUCAUAUGGACGUUUGACAAACGCAACUUGUCCGCCUCGUGUCGCAUGCGAGAGAAAGGCUGCCCACUUUCUGAGUAAUUUCAGAUCUUGGACCCGUGGUGGCAUGGAUGCACAAGACCACAAACGAUUAGACUCUGGCUGUCGCCUGCCUGUGGAAAUUAUAUCGAUGAUCGUCAGGCUAGUCAGGGAAGACCUAGAUUAUCGCACUCUUGCUUCGUUGGCGCGCGUCAACAAGCACCUCUGCGGACAGUGUCAGACGAUUCUUUAUCACACCGUAUCCAACCUCGAUCGUGAGUUCGGAGGCAACCCUCAAUCCUUGCAAAGGUCCCCGAGGCUUGCAAGAUAUGUCCAUACUUACAUCAUUCAGCACUCCGAGUUCUGUCGCCAUCUUGAUACUCGCAAGACCGAUGUUGCACCUCUCCGUCCGGGUCCAAUCUCGAAGAAUCUCGUCAAUUUAAAAGACCUCCAUGUGCAGCUCAACCGCUAUUCACCCAAUAAAUUCCUCGAGUUCAAGAGGACGCCAUUCCACCUCGAGAAUUUUUCCUGGGUGGAAUGCCCCAGGCUCUCCACCCUCCUCGACUUCCUCAAAACACAGCCGAAGCUCCGUCGGCUCAAGACGGACCUCUAUUAUGAACAAAAGAACAUCCCGUUCCCACUGAGAUAUUGCCCCAAUUUGGAGUAUCUCGAGGGCAGCCGUGCCGUCGUCGAGAGUCUUCUGCCAGGUCGGAAGAUAUCGACAUUGGUCUGGCACGUUUCUCAGAACCUUUUUGCUAAUAAUAUUUGGCCCAAGACAUUCGACCACCUUGCGGAUGAAUUUGUCCUCCUGAAGGCAUUGAGUCUCAUAAGGUGGCAAGGCGGCGGCUCUCCAUUCUCCUUCGUCUCGCCUAAAUAUUUCAAGAACCUGCAAUAUCUCGAGCUGUCGGACGAGGUACGUCAAUUCGUCAUGUCCAGCUCACAAUAUUCCAACGCCGGUUUCAUGGCGUCAUCUUUCCACUUCACCGCGGCUACACAAGGGAUAUAG